AUGGCUGACCUGCUAGGUGACAACCUAAAGGCCCCGGAAGUGGAGCUGCAAACUUAUCUUGACAGUAGACUUUUGGUGAGUUCAUCAAAGAAACAGAUACAAGAGAUCACUGACAUUGUGACAUGGGUGAAGGCAUUCUUGGUCUACAUGUGGAUUUCCUGCUGCUCACACCCUUCUAGAUGGUAGGGCAUGACGCAGUACAAGCUUCUGAUUAUGAAGACCUACCGCCAGUUCCCUGGCAAGGCCUGGCUUCACUAUGACACUGCCUUUUGGAAGGAUGCACCUGCAUCAGGCCUGGCAGACUGGUCGUGCAAAAACCUCAACCUGUACAAUUUCCAUACUUGUUUGGUGCCACAGUCCCAGCCAUCAGCUGCAUCUUCUCCAUUCCCUAACUCAGGCAGCUUGUCAUCCAACUUCUGCAGAUCACGAAGUGAUAGCAUCUGUCACUGGCUCUUUGGUCGAUGCCGGUACUGCCACUUCUGUGAUAAAUGUGAAGGGGACCACCCCAGCAUCAACUGCCCCUUUCGUGCCUCCAAAUCAUAUGAGCAGCACUCCCAAGCAACUACCUCAUCUUGGUACAAAUGCCAGCAGCAUUGAGGUGGUCUAUAGAUCACCAAAGGCCACAGGGCAUUCCAUUACUGGUGCUUUUCAGCAAGAUUUGGUCUCUCCUUUUAGAGCUUCACCCACUAGUGCAGACAAACUGCAGCAGGAACUUUGUUUUCAUCCUGAUCAAAGAAAAGUGGAUUUUGUCAUUUCUGGUACUACUGGUGGUUUUUUUUCUUGGCUUUGAUCCUUUGGCAGUAUUAUUGAGGUCUGCGACCCAGAAUAUGCCAUCAGCAGCACUUCACCCUGCCGUGAUUGAUCAGUAUCUCUUCACAGAACUUCAAAAAGGUCAUGUAGCUGGCCCCUAUGCUAUAUCUCCAAUUCCAAACCUUCAUGUUAGUUUCUUUGGAGUGACCCCAUAGAAGUACCAACAUGGAAAGUGGUAGCUUAUCUUGGACUUAUCUAGCCCAGUGGGCCAUAGCAUCAACAAUGGCAUUCCUAGGGAGCCUUGCUCUUUACAGUACAUGAAAGUAGACAAUGUCAUCGGUGGGAUCAUGUCAUGCCCAACUCACUUGUCUGCCAGAACAACUUGGAUUUGUGCAUUCCACUUUUUGGGGACGAAGGCAUCCCCCUUCACCUAGAUAAACUGGAGGGGCCAUCCACCUGCUUAACAGUGCUUGGUAUUGAGCUGGAUUUACUUGCCCUUCAGGCUUGUCAUCCAUGGGACAAGUUUGAGCAAAUCAUUGCCUUGUUGGAUACAUGGUCUUCCAAACAGUACUGUCUGAGAAAAGAGCUGGAAUCUCUCAUCUGCAAUCUCCAACAUGUAAAGUCAUUCCUCGUCAGGCAUACCUUUUUACAGCAUAUGAUCAACUUAUUAUUAGUGUUCCAAGGGGAUGACCACCCCAUAAGGCUUCAAAAAUUUCAUUUAGACCUCUCUUGGGGGCAUGAAUUCUUCCAUUCUUGGGAUGGCCUCAGUUUUCUGUUUACCCCAAUUGGGCUCCACUACCUGAUUUUUCUGUUUCCUAUCAAUUGCAUACAAGGAGCACUUCCCAGUGGGUCCCUCUUAGCAGCCCACCAUUCCUUUGCCUUUGCGGCCUCUCAUACUGCUAGUAGAGACAAUUUUAUUGCUGAUGCCUUAUCUCAUUUUGAUUUCCAGGGUUUCCAUUGUCUAGCUACACACGCAGCACCUGUGGCUACAUCAGUCCUGCAGUCUCUACUGGCCCAGCUUCCCAUGACUUGAAAGCAAAUUAUCCAAUGGUCUUGCACCCUCCACUCAGCAGUCUAUGGCUCUGCUCAACACCAAUACCUAGCUUUCUGUGGUCAGGAUACUCCUAGCAAUUUAUGUCAUCCCUUUCUAACUGCUAGUGAACAAACAGUGAUGUAUUUCUGUGCAUACCUUGCAGAUUGUCUUCAUCACUCCUUCUAUUAAAGUUUAUCUGUCUGCUAUUUGUUCAUUACACAUUGACUACGGAUAUCCUGACCCACUCACUGAAUGUCUUUAGAUACAGUGGCUCUUAAGAGGCUUUAAACAACAUCAGGGUUCCAAUCUCCCCAGUGUCUGUCUUUGACUGCAGACCUUUAGGCCAUUGUGCACAAGUCCUUGGACUUCUCCACCCCUGAAUAUGUCAUGCUGUGGGUGGCUUGUUGCCUUGGCUUCUUUAGGUUUCUCAGAGCUGGUGAGUUUACAAAAAAUGGACCUUUCUAUCCUUCUGUGCAUCUGACAGUAGCAGAUCUGCAGGUAGAUUCCUCAACAAAUCCUUAA